CUUGCACUUGCCGGAAAGACGCGCAACAUGGACAAGCAGGCGUGCAAGCCCCAUUGGGUCAGUUACAGUUACGCUUACGGGCAGCUUUUAUCCAUCUUGCCGGGCAUCUUGGUGCCCUUUUCCCUUGUAUUCUCUUGAAGUGUCAAAAGGUAAAAGACGCCAAAAAGAUGAGGGGGCCGAGCUAAAUCUUCGCAAGCGCGGGUGAAGUCAGUGACGCCGGAGGGCUUUGCUACGACCACCUAGCCCGUCUCUUACUUGACAGCGAAGCAGGUGCUUGGCUUCAAGGACUGGCCGCGGCUCCGUCCGCCUUAAGGGAGCAAAGGUUGACGACGUUACCUAGCGCUAACUAGUAGGGUUCUAAGCGUGGUGGCAGACAAAGUAGUAGACUGAACUAGAACACGCCGCAAGGGCAGCGCAGCUGCGCGCUUGAGCUGGUUUGGGCGAGAAUGUUGUGUGGGAGGGAACAGCUUCGGCUUCGGUCUUUUCGCUUCGCUUGGGAGCCGCGCAUCCUACACGCGGCGCUACUGUUCAGUGGUAGUAGUUCACUUCAAACCCAAUCGCUUCACUUCGUGCUCGCUUCUCUUCAAAUGCUUCGCAUUCAGUAGCUGCAUUCACUUCACCCCUUCGACGCUCCAACCCUUUUCGCCUUCCCUCCCCUCCCUGGCCCGCUUAGGUAUGGGCACCACUCUCGGUCGCCCGCGUUCUCGUUUGGUCUCCUUGCCUCGUUUUGCGGAGCCGUUGCUCCGACUUCGCCUUGUCGGUCGCCUUCUGACCGGGCGCGAACGUCCACUCAAUCGGCCUCGAUUUCGUUCCCUCUUUUGUCCUCCCUUCGCACUUAGCUCAUAGGACCCUUGUGCAGCGGCCUUUCUCGUGCUGCAAGUUCCAACUGUUUCCAGCUUUGCACUCGGGUUUUGUGGGCUAGUCUGGAGUGCUGGCCAGCAGGCAAGACCAUCACUCUCGCACGCUGUUCCAUUCGUCAGCCUUCUCGGUCAAACUAGUAGACUAGCGCUGCUUACUCGGUAGACUGGAGUACGUAAGCAAGUAGCUGACGAAAAUCUGCAAGAUACUGAGGGAGAGUCAUUAGCCUUGUGAAGUUGUCCCCCUUAUUUCACUCUUGUUCUUCGUAUAACUAGAAGUAGAAGUGCCAAGUCUAAUGAUGGUAGUAAGUGCCUUGGAAGUGGUUUGGCUAUGCCAUCCUUGGGAUUAGGCUAAUUAGCGUCGGCACCAACAUGGCGAAUAAGUAAUCCGUGCCAGGUGCUGACGUAAAUGCUCUAUCUACAUACGCUCCAGGGCUCAGGGCUAGAGCCCCCCCCUGAUCUAGGGUGGCGGCGGGAAGGCGCUAGCCUCGGGCCCUUUUCCUGGAGGACUGCCGGGCGAGAAGGACUCCAAGCGCCCGCCUCCGCUCCUUCUUGGCGUCUUGCGUGUACCUGACAAAGCCCAAUCCCUUGAGGCUGUCCAAGCACCGACGGCCAGGGGUGGAGGUCCUUGGAAGGCGGCAAAGGUGGCAAGGAUUGGCCCCCUUACAGCAUUGCGUGUACCCUACAGGCCUGCAGCGUGCUGGCCCUUCACGGGGGGAGCCUCCUGGGGGCUGGGAGGUCUCGGAGGGCAGCAGGUGGCCACGCUUGGCCCCCUUCGCUGUGCUGCGAGCGUGUAUCUCUCUAACAGAACACAGCUGGGCACGCCUCGCCCUCGCCCCUCUUCGCCGUUGGUCUAUCUUGCAACCUCCUUGGGCGUCAGUUUGGUGGCGGCUCGCGCUGCCACGAAUUCGGGGGAUGAGAGAGGGCAGCCCAGCAAAGGGGGCCAGGCCUCGCGACUGUGGCUGCCUUCGGCGGCUUUCUACGCCUGGAGGCUUUCUCUUUGAUAGGGUCCAAGAGGUGGGACGCCUCUAGGGUACAUGCGGAGAGCCGCAAGGGGACUCGGGUGCCGCCUUUUGGCGCCUUCCUUUGCCUCUGGAAAUCCUCACACCACCGCGGAAAACAGGGCGCGCCAGCGCCACCGCAGCUCCAUCCACAGGGUGGGGCGAAGGCUGAGGGCGUGGGCCGUGCAACAUUGUGGGGAGCUUGGUUCCAUUUCGUUUCUGGAUAGGGGCAACCGCUGAAACAAGUGCAGGCUGGUCAUUUUUAAAAUAUCGACAUCACUAGAAUCCAUAGUGAGCACACGCCCCGGCCACUUUUUGCGGUUUUGUUUGUUGCUUUUGGGUUGGCUCCAUCUAACUUCAGCGUCGCUGCUGCAAAGAGACGUGAUCUUCUUUGCUGUGGUUGGGGUUGUCCUAGUGGUUUUUGCGCUUGUGAUUGCGUUCGAAGCAUUGUUCCGGAAGCUGCGGGGUACGAAAGUGCAAGAAUUCAGCUCAAUACCAGGUGAAGCACCCGCACGCGGCGAUUACGAGCGAGGUUUGUACAGUGAGGAGCUGACGCCAUAGGUGAGGCUAAAAAGUAAGAGCCAACUAGACCAAAGCACGCCGACGCACAUUCAAGGCGCGCUCCCCAACGGGGCGAGCGAAGUACUUAGGCAGGAAGCAUUCAUGUUCUACUACACAUUGUUAGGAGGAUAGAUAGUCGGCUCAUUACUCAUUAUGCGUUUUUAUCUCAAUUUCAAAAAAAUGCCAGUCAGUGGCAGAAUGUGCAUUACUGGGUCUUUCCUCCUCCGAUGAAUAAACGCGCUAGAUACCAACUGCUUCGCUGGGUUGUGUGGUGUUAUUUCAAACGCAUUAGAACGCCUGCAGCUGAAAAAACUGAAGCCACUCGGUUUUUAUUGUCUUGUAUAAAUAUGCUUUCAGUGCGUUGCUAGUGGGUGCAGUCCGCCUUUCUUGCUCACUGACUUGGUCGCUCAACUUCUACAUCGCUCCAAGGUUUUGACUUUUCUGUGGGUCAACUCUCAACAGAUCAACAACACGGAACGGGUAGAAGGGGUGAACACUCGAAGGAGUUAUAAGGAAUGGGCAGAAAGCCUGAGACCCUUGGGGAGAGAAGGAAGAAGUAACGUGACUGAAUUUAUUGGCAGAUACAUAACUGAGAAGGGGGGAAUAGGGUUUAGAUCUCGAUCUCCAUAAAAGUGGUCGGCUUUUGUAAGUGGCAACUUACUGGAUCCCAUCAACAAAAUACACGCCAGGCGUCUAAAAUGAUGCACAGGCCUGGAUAUAGAAACUAAAUAGAGCACACAAGCGGCACAGGACUAGGCUACCUCUGUCUCGCCAGUAGUACUCCAGUGAUUCUGCGACACUUAGACGCGCACGCCUUCGCAAAAGCUCGGCGUAAGAGUGUGGGCGCACCUGUGCCAAAAAUAA